AUGUCAACAGGAACAAAGCUAGGUAUUGGUGGAGUUCCAUUACCGGGUGAAGAUUUACGACCAAAAAAUUCUGUGUAUCCAAGAGGAGAAGGUCCAGACAGACCAGCCUGGUUAGCCUUUGAUAAACAAGUAUUGUGUUUCGAUGCUUAUUUUCAAGAAUCUAUAACAGAACGUCCACAAGAGCAAUAUCGUAUUCGAAAAUGUCGAAUUUAUUUUUAUCCAGAAGAUGACACUGUACAAGUCGUUGAACAACGUCAACCAAAUGUAGGUUUUCCGCAAGGUACAAUUUUGAAGAGACAUCGUGUGCCAUUAGUAGCUCCAAAUGAUGAUCGUUUUCACACAAUUGAAUAUUUCAAUGUUGGUAGCGAAUUAUCAUUUUAUGGACGAGUAUAUAAAAUAAUUGAUUGUGAUCAAUUUACAAGAAACUUUUUAACCAAACUUGGUGUUCGGGUUCCACCCGGCUUUUCUGCACCUGAAGAUCCAUUUUUGAAGCAGAGACAAGGUCUUGAUGGAGGACAAAAUCCUUUACGGCCAUAUGAAAGAGUUGAUUCAUUGAAAAAGUUUUUGAAUCAUGACCAACAUGUAUUACGAUUCUGGGCGGUUUGGGAUAAUACUGAUAGUCUAUAUGGUGAUAUAAGAGAAUUUGUUUUGCAUUAUUUUCUAUCAGAUGAUACAAUGGAAAUCCGAGAAGUAUUACCACCAAAUAGUGGACGCGAUGCGCCGCCAAUUUUCUUGAGUCGUGGCAAAUUACCAAAAGAAUUUCAGGGAUUAAGAUUACCAGGUGAAAAUGCACAAAGAACAGUAUUGAAUGUAUUUGGUCAGCUCAAUAAACAACGAUAUAUAUUAGAUAAUCUUAAGACUGGUGCUCUUAACGACGCAUACUAUACUGACCAAGAUUUGGCAAUUGGAAAAAUGUUAAAUGUUUAUGGUCGAAAUGUGUUGAUUACUGACUGUGAUGAAUUUACAAAAAAUUUCUAUCGUACAAAAUAUGGUUUGCAAGAUUUCAGUCCAAUUUCAUAUAAUAAAAAAGCGAGUACGAAACCACUAAAACAAGCUUAUCCAUAUACUGGUUUUGGUAGCGAAGAAGAUUCAUUAAGUUCAACGAAAAAAAUAAUACCGGAACCACCUAAAAAAGAUUUUGUCAAAUUUAUGGGCUUUGAUAGACAAGGUUAUGAAACAAACAUAUUACGAUUUAUGGCACGAAUUAUUACAAAAGAUUCUAUUCAAUCUGCCCGUCGUUUUAUUAUAUCUUAUUAUCUUAGUGAUGACACAAUUUACAUCUACGAACCACCAGUAAGAAAUUCAGGUAUUCAAGGUGGCAAAUUUUUGGAACGUCAGAGAAUCAAAAAACCUAAUCAGACACGUUAUCCUGUUGAAAUUUCGGAUUAUUUUGGUGCCGAAGAUUUUUAUGUUGGUGCAUGUCUUGAAAUAAAUGGAUUUAUAUUUGAUCUAUAUGAUGCUGAUGAAUAUGCAUUCAAACUAAUGGAAGAGCAUAGUCAUAUGUUUUCAAAAGCAAAUCGUUCGCUUAUUAUGCAAAAAUUGAAAGACUUUUUUACAUCAAAUUCAGCAGCUGUUUCUCAAUUUGAUGCACAUGAUCCACAUCGUCGGGGUUAUUUUGGUUUCGAAACAUAUUACUGUCUAAUGAAAAAUAUCGUUGGUCAUUUACUUGUCGAUCAUGAAAUUAUAACGAUUGCACGAUAUUACGCUCAACAAGUUAUACAAGAACAUGAUAUCUAUUCUGUCGUAUCUGUUGCUCAAGAGCAUUUAAGAAAAAAUAAUUACGAAACAUUUUCAUCAUUGAAAGAAAAUUUAAUCACCAGAGAUCCAAGUAUGAAAGGACGAUUACCAGCCGAUGAAGUUCGAAUUGCUUUGAAAUCUGUUCAUGUACCAUUACCAGACUAUUUGCUGAACACCCUUAUUAAACUUAUGACUCAAGAUGAUGGUUGUGUAGAUUAUUUAGAUUUAUUGAAAGCGUUGAAUUGGCGAGAAGCUAGUGUAGAAGCUCCUAAACUACCUACAGAAGAGGCACGUUUAAAUGAUGAUCCGAAAAACUUUGAAAAAACGACACAUGAACGAAAAAAAUUCAAUGUUCAAUAUUCUGAAUUUUUGAAAGAUUUGGGUUUAAAUACGACAAAUGUUACAAUAACACAAAAUAAUUAUGAAGAUUCAGGACACUAA